AGUCAAGAAAAUGCAGAACCGAUUUCUUAUUUUGGUCGCCAGGUCGUCUGUUCGGUCCGUAGACCAUAUUCGGAUCUGCUAAGACAUAUAACGGAUAGAAUUGAGAGAGUAGAACGUGGUUUGGAAAGGCAGCAUGUACGAGGUGAAGGGCAUCCUCUUUUAUCCCCAUUUUCUUUUGAAGAUCUCUCAAUUGAAGAACCUAACACCGAACCCACAAGCGUUGAAGACAUGGCUCAUAAAAUUUGUAAACUUAGGCAGUGUAGACGUGAACAGACCACGCCCAGUAACGCGACAGUGCACGUAGCGCAUUGUCCUUUUUGCAAAGAAGGGAGAGAGAAAGAAGUGGUUAGAACGAGUUUACAACUUCAAGCUCCCGAUAUAAUUUUUGCUCACGAUGAUACAAGCGAAGUUGAUUCGCAAACUAUGCAAUUCAGAGUUCCCGAUUUUUCGUCGGUUGAAAAUAUAAAAUCCUUUCUAGGAUUACCCUUAGUAUUACCCGGAAAAGAUUAUCUGAGCCCUGUUUCGUUUCUUGAAAAUGAUCCAUUAGGCAUGUCUGCUGUUUCUACAGUUGGCAACAAAUGUUUUGUGAAAUGCGAUUAUCAAAUGCGCUAUCUUGGGAGUCAAGCAAUCUCAUUGAAAACAUCUCAAGAUAGGGUUGAAGCUCUGAAGUAUUUGACUACAUCUGUGCAUAUUUUGCUUUCACGUUCGAUAGUAUUGAAUAUACUAACGCAGUUAGCAAAGACUUCGAAUUUAACAGGUCUUGUUAAAAGUCUAGAGGCAAUGGGUUUGACAGAUAUAUGUAAAAUUGUACGUUUGAUGACGUUGGUUGCUAUGAAGCGUGUGGAGAUUCCAAAUGGUGAGUGCGAGAUGGAAAUGAACAAUUCCGCAUCGUUACUGCUAAAUGUUUCACGUUGGGGUUCUUCAUCAUCAGUUGCAAGUAGUUGGCUAACUAAUUUAAGCGUAAUAAUAGCGGCACUCUCUCAAAAUAGCCCUGAUUCUUCCAAGUUAGUUGUGGAUAUGUGCACGAAAGAUUUAUUAUUAAUGGCUAUGUGUCCUUCUAUUGCAAGAAGUGGUUUUGAAGUAACGCAAGCAUUGGUGGAGGUUUUAAGUGCACAUGGUGGUUAUUCUCUCACUGUGGUACAGAAAGACGAUAUUGACGUUUGUGGUCCACUAACUUUGGAAAAUGCUUUGUCCGCCUUUCUACUAUCAUCAAAGACAUUUGCGGAAUAUAGACAGUGGGCCGCUGAACAAUUAUUUAAAUGCAUCGCAACAAAAAUUCAAAUUUUAUCGGUUAAAACCUACGAGCAGGUCGAUCUUUCCGACAUUACGUCCACAAAUCCAGAAAAAAACGUAACAUACUUAGAAGGCCACGAAAAUAGAAUUAUUGCUUUGGCUUGGUGCAGCAGUAAACACUUACUUGCGUCGAGCGCGUUUGAUGGUACGGUACGUCUUUGGAAAUGCGCAAAUUCAAGUACAUAUUUGGAAAGAACGCUGGUGUUUCACGAGUCAUUGGAUGCAUAUGGUGCAGAGUUGCAAGGAAAGUUAAUAGGCCAUAUUAAGUGGUCACCUAAAGGCGAUUAUAUUGCGGCCGCGAUGGAAAACAUUGUUAAUAUUUGGCCUGUAAAUUCAUUUCCCGAAGAAGAAUAUUGCGAUGAGUGGUUCAUCGAAAAACAAUCCGAGUGUGUGACUUGCCUAUCCUGGCCCACAUGUAAAAAACAAGAUUCGACAAACAGAAAUUAUUUGUUAGUGGGACAUUUAGAUGGCACUGUUUCUCUGAUUUCCAUAUACAAAAAUAACAAAGAAGUUGAAGUGUUAAUAAACUGUUCUUUACAUUGUGCUGUUGCCCAGAUUGAUUGGUACAGUGAAGACCAAGCUUUCGCCGUCGCCUUCAUAGAUGGUACUAUCAAGUUGGGUCGUUUAAGUGAAAAUAGUGACAUAAUAACAACUAAUGCGCAUGCUGAAUCAAUAACUGCGCUUAAGUGGAAUUCGAAUGGAUCUCUACUUGCUAGCAGUUCAUUUGACAUGACUUGCAAAAUCUGGAAAGAGCAACAGGGGAAAUUAGUAACCUUGCACACUUUAGUACAAGUACACGAACCUGUUUCUUUGGCGUGGUCUCCGUUAAUAGGAAAAGGGAGAAUGCCUUUCCUACUGAUUGUCGGUACAUCUUACGGAACAGUAUGUGGUUGGAGCUUACCUGAUGUUGAAAAUGUACAGCAAAAUUUGCCACAAUUGGUUAUGAAUUCUCAAGGUCAUUCCUUUAAUCCCAUUACAACUUUGUUAGUUCAUCCAACUGGAUUGUUUGUUGCAAGUGGCUCACUUAAAGGUCACAAUGGUGUUAUAAAUAUAUGGUCAUUGCAUGAUGGCAGCUUAGUUCUUACAAAUUCAGGUAGCGGAGGUAUUGAUAAGAAUGCUUUAGUUUGGCUGAACAAUGAUAUCCUUGCCGUUACAUAUUCACGCUCCAAAUCCAUCAGUUUGAUUAAUUACAGCUUCGACGAACUUAUGAAAAGUCAUGCACUUGCAACGGCAAGAACAACUUUAUUAAAAAAAGGAAUCAACGGAUUAGAAACGGCACCUUGUUUCAAAAUGUUAAUAUCAUAUUUGCCUGAUAUGUUGCAUGAACAGUACAAUUAUGAAAAACUAUCUGUCCAAACUGGAACUAAUUUAAUGAAUAGUGUUUAUUUAAAAAGUCUGGCAUCGCUCUCGCUUCUACUCCAAUUGGAUAUGGUUUUAUGUUGCAAUUUAAAACCUUUUAAUUCUAAAUCGAAAUUAGAUAUAGUCCCGAAAUACCAAUGGUUACACACAUUUAGCUUGACUACACAAAUGGCAGAUUCCUUGAUAAAACGUUCUGCAUUUGGUACUCGUCAAGAUCAAAGCUACAAUGACGAUCAAGAUCCCAAAGAAGAACUCGCCCAAAAUACUCUUUGGAAUUUUAAACAGGAUGAACAAAUUAUUCAGUGGAUUACGCAAAACCCGAGUGAUUGGCAAAUUGGCGGUAAAUGUACAGCGUACGUCUGGGGUUCGGAUAGACAUGGACAGCUAGCCGAAAUAGGCUGUAGUAUUACCACUCCCACAGUAGUUGAGUCAUUUUCAAUGGCCAGAAAAAUUGUAUGUGGCCAAAACUGCACAUUUGUCAUACAAUCUAGUGGUAUUGUGUUGGCAUGUGGUGAAGGAAGUUACGGUCGCUUAGGUCAGGGCAAUUCGGACGAUUUACACUCUCUAAGCAUUAUAUCCAGUUUACAAGGUUUUGUUAUAACCGAUUUGGAUACGUCUGUCGGAUCAGACGGGCACAGUUUGGCGUUGGCGGAAAGUGGGGAGGUGUUUUCUUGGGGUGACGGAGAUUUUGGUAAACUAGGGCAUGGUAACAGUGAUAGACAGAGGCGGCCUAGACAGAUAGAUGCGUUGCAAAAUGAAGAAGUAGUGCAAGUGUCGUGCGGAUUUAAACACAGUGCAGUUGUUACAAGUGACGGAAAACUGUUUACUUUUGGAAAUGGUGAUUAUGGAAGACUGGGUUUGGGUUCAACGUCCAAUAAGCGAUUACCUGAACGUGUUGUUGCUUUAGAGGGAUGCAAGGUGGGUCAAGUGUCUUGUGGAUUAAAUCAUACAGCUUGCGUGUCCGUUUGUGGUCGUAUGGUAUGGACGUUUGGCGAAGGCGACUAUGGAAAGUUGGGCUUAGGGCAUACAAUGACAAAGUCCAUCCCACAACGUGUAGAAGCGCUGGCGGAUAUUAUAAUUAAAAAAGUGGGGUGUGGUGCUAACUUAACUAUAUUCUUAACACAAGAUGGCCGUGUGUUCGUAUCGGGAAUUGAUCGUGUUCCAUGGCAGAUCAAUACAAACGAAAGAUCUGAUUAUAUACCUCAACCAUUAGUAGGACUGUUCGAUUAUUUAAUUGAAGACUUUGCAAUUGGGACGGAUCAUGCCUUGUUUCUUUCUAAGUGCGGAAAAGUGUUUGGGUGGGGUUUAAAUUCUGAAGGACAAUUAGGACUAACUCAUUCAUCAUUGAUUAGGGAACCCGAAAUAAUAACUGAGCUGUCAAAUAAGGGAAUUAAUCAAAUAUCUACUGGUAGAACUCAUAGUGCAGCUUGGACUGCUUUGCCACUACCUCAACGAGUGCCGGGUGUUACAAGGUCUUUAUCUUUUGGGUUACCUACAGAAAUUCCAUCCCAGUAUACGCACUUACAAGGAGUUUCUAUAAAAGCAAUUCAAGCCAGACUAAAAUUCCUUCACAGUUUUUCGGAUAAAUUGUACUCAUGUUGGACUUUAAUUCCGCUUGGUGCCCAACAGCACAAUCUUAAUGUUCCUCCAUUAGAAAGUCUCACGUCUCCUAAAUUAAGACCGUUGCUUGCUUUACGAGUGUACACUUUACCUUUGGUGAGAUGUAUAGGUAAAACUAUGGUUCAAGGAAGAAAUUAUGGGCCACAAGUGACUGUGAAAAGAAUCGCUAAUAAAGGGCGAAAGUGUAAACCCAUUUUUGUACAAAUUGCAAAACAGGUGGUGGAAACGAUGCGGCCACACGAACUUCGUUUACCAUCAAGGGCGUGGAAGGUUAAAUUGAUUGGCGAAGGUGCUGAUGAUGCCGGUGGUGUUUUUGAUGACACAAUAACAGAAAUGUGCCAAGAAAUAAUAGCUUCCACAGUGCCUCUUUUAGUUCCCACACCAAAUGCUUUGAACGAUGAAGGAUUUAAUAAAGAUAAAUAUUUAUUUAACCCGCAAAUGAAUUCACCUCAGCAUAUAAUGUGGUUCAAAUUUCUAGGUAUUCUGUUUGGUGUAGCCAUACGCACCAAAAAACCACUUUCGUUGUCACUAGCACCAAUCAUUUGGAAGCUGUUGGUGGGUGAACCAGUGGGCACAUCAGAUUUGGAAGAUGUUGAUAGUAUGUAUAUGCAAACUUUAAGAAGCAUUCGUGAUAUACAUCUCUCUGGAGUAACCGAGAGUAACUUCCAUGAUAUCAUUCCUCUUGAGCGAUUUGUUGGGAACAGUUGCAGUGGAAAGGUUGUUCCCAUUGUGGCGGGAGGGCGGAGUAUACCCUUGACGUUUGAUAAUAGGACACAGUACUAUGAGCAGGCAGUUAAAUUCAGGUUACAAGAGUUUGAUGCGCAAAUUGCUGCUGUACGAGAAGGAAUGUCCGGUAUUAUUCCUGUACCGCUAUUGUCUUUAGUGACUGCAGAGUAUCUAGAACAGUUAGUGUGUGGUAUACCUUACAUUUCAGUACCACUACUCAAAACAGUUGUUAGAUAUCGUGAAUUGGAUGAAAACCAUCAAUUGGUGCAAUGGUUGUGGAAUAUCUUGGAAAGUUUUACUAAUGCAGAACGCGUUCUAUUUAUGCGAUUUGUUUCUGGUCGAUCGCGUCUCCCUGCAAAUUUGGCUGAUCUUUCUCAACGUUUUCAGGUUAUGAGGGUUGAUAGAGCUGUUAAUGGAUUACCUACUGCACAAACUUGUUUCUUCCAACUCCGCUUGCCGCCGUACACUACUCAAGAUAUAAUGGCCGAUAAACUAAGAUAUUCAAUUAAUAACUGCCGUUCUAUCGAUAUGGAUAACUACAUGCUUGCAAGAAAUACAGAACAGGGACCAGGUUCUGAUGAUGAUUACUAAGUUACCUACCUAACGACAUUAUUUAUUUUUAAAAAUUUUGCAUUAUUUGGUGACAAAUAAUUAUUUGGUUCAUUUUGGAACAAGAAAUACAAAUUAUUGUUGUGUUC